CCCCCCCGGCGCUGACCUUUGCCCCGCGGCGCGCUGGUACGUCACGGGCUGCGCUCAGUCGAAGAUGGCGGCCUCCAUGUGCAGCCGAGGGCUCGGGCCGUGGGUGCUUUCCCGGAGCCACGCGCUGCCGUGUGCCUGGCGCGCCCUGCACGUCUCCGCCGCGUGCGCCAAGAAUCGGGCGGCCCGGGUCCGAGUGGGCAAAGGGGACAAACCGGUGACCUACGAGGAAGCGCACGCUCCUCAUCACAUCGCCCACCGCAAAGGCUGGCUGUCGCUGCACACAGGGAACCUGGACGGGCAGGACCACGCCGCAGAGCGCACGGUGGAGGACGUUUUUCUUCGCAAGUUCGUGCUGGGCACCUUCCCCGGCUGCCUGGCCGACCAGCUCGUCCUGAAGCGCCGGGCCAACCAGGUGGAGGUCUGCGCGCUGGUCCUGAGGCAGCUGCCGGCGCACAAGCUCUACUUCCUCGUGGGCUACAGCGAGGCCCUGCUGUCCCACUUCUACAAGUGCCCCGUGCGCAUGCACCUGCAGACGGUGCCCUCCAAGGUCGUGUACAAGUACAUCUAGGACGCUCGUCUCCUCGGCAUCGGGCUCCAGCCCGCAAGCACAGACACGUGCGGGAAGGGUGAGGUGGACACGGGGAAGCACAGCCCUCAGAGCCCACAGACAGACGGCACCCUCACAGCCGCUGCUGAGUGACGGACCGCCCCUGUCGUCCGGCCCCUCGGUCCCCCUCCGCCCUUCGGGGAGCAGACUCAGACAGGGUUUCGCUGAGGCCGCUCGGGGGCCCAGGAAGGGCCGCUGACGACGUGCCGUCGUGGCAGCCCUCAGGCGUGUGGAGAGUGCGGGUCACUGCGGCCCCACGGCUGUCGCCCGGGUCUCUGGUACUCACUCAUCUCACACAGCUGAGACUUGAGCCCUGGACCUGCAUCUUCUGUCCCCUCCCCCUGCGCCUGGUGACCGGCACCUGCUCUGCUUCUUGGUCAGCUGCUGCUGGCACCACGUGAAAGUGGGGUCAUGCCCUGUCUGUCAUUCUGGAUCGGGCUCAUUCCAUUUACCAUGCCGUCCUCCGGUUUAUCCACGCCCCAGUGGAAGGACGUCCUUUGUCGUGGCUGAGUGACAUUCUGUCGUGUGCGUGUGCCACCCACGGAUGGGCAGGUGGGUUGCUCCCACGCCCUGGCCGCCGUGAAUGACGCUGACACGAACUUGCAGGUGUGCAGGUGUGUCUGCGGUGCCGGUUCCACUUCUUCCAGGAAACCCCCAGCGGAGGACGUGCCGGGUCACGGGGUGGACCUGGUUUUGGUUUCUGAGGAACCUCCAGCCUGUCUGCCACAGGCCGCUCGGAGUCACGUCCCCCCCAACAGCGUGUGAGGGGCUCCCUUGUCUGUGAAGGAAGCACACCUAGGAUUGGGGGAGAUGGCAGUUGUCACAGAGACCUGGUCCCUGAGCGAUGUCCUGGGAUUCUGGGCCAGUCCCGACUUGUCCCGCGACUGUCACGUCACCUGUCCUGCGUGUCAUAAUCACACCAGGUCACAUCUGUUCUGCAAUUUCUGUUUAUUUCGGCAUAUGCUAUUACAAAAGCACAGCCCCACCCUAAUAAGUGGUGUGCCAUAGUUCCAGUACUUACAUAAUUGGAGGAAACAGAGAGAGAGGAGAAAUGAGGAGAGGCCAGAGAACACAGAAAACAGAAAAAAAUGCAAACAGAAUGAAGACAACACGGAGAAUGGAGAGAACAAGCACCAUAUUAAUGUGUAUUUUUAAUAGGGCAUCACCUGAUUUUCUCUAGUUUUUCAGUUUGAGGCAAUAGGUUUCUCUUAUUUGACUAUUAAUUUCUCUUUUGGGAAAAGAAUUGUAAUUAAUAAAAACUAUUGAUGCAUCAUUAUUAACUAAAGUCUAUAUUUUAUUCAGUUUCCCACAUUUGAGGCCAGUCCCAGUGCUGGCACCUCUGUGUGUGCGAGCCCCGACUGGUCUCCCAGCCGGAGAUGCUGAUGCUGGCCUCUCGGGUUCCUGGCGACGGAGUGGGG